AUGGAAGUCUACAUCAAUAAUAUGCUAGUCAUGUCAGCACAAGCGGGAGAUCAUUUUCAACACCUGCCAGACACUUUCGAAAUUCUCCGCAAAUACAACAUGAAGCUAAAUCCAGAAAAAUGUGCUUUUGGCAAGGCUUCAGUGGACCAAGACAAGAAUGAGAAGCAGGAGCUUUCAAAUAGGUGCGAGAAAAAGAAGUCAGGGACUUUAUUUGACGAAACAUUAUCUACCGGUUUGGAGUUCCAACAAAAAUCCCAAUGGGCAAGCUGGGUCAACAACAAAGUUAUUAUUAAUAACUUAAAUAAGAGAUUAGAUGAAUCAAAAAGCAAAUGGCCAGAAGUGUUACCAGGGGUAUUGUGGGCUUAUCGAACGACACCAAAAACGAGUACAGGCGAGACUCCAUUUUCACUUGUCUAUGGCACUGAAGCCUUAAUUUCGGUAGAAAUAGGUGAACCAAGUACAAGAUACACACAUGUAAUUGAGGAGUCAAAUAAGGAAAAGAUGCGAAUGAAUUUGGAUUUACUAGAAGAAAGGAGAGAAGCAGCAUUAAUAAGAAUGGCGACUCAAAAACAGAUAAUUGAGCGAUAUUACAAAAGGAAAGCUAAUCCAAGAUACUUCAAGAUUUGGGACUUUGUCCUCAAAAAGGUGCUUCAAUUAACAAAAGCGUCUAAUGCGGGAAAGUUAAGUCCGAAUUGGGAAGGCUCUUAUAGGGUUCGAGGUAUCACUGGAAAGGGAGCAUAUGAGUUGGAAGCCAUGGAUGGCAAGAUAUUACCAUCAAACUGGAAGUUGUUCAUCUGA